UUGUUUCGGUCGGCAGUCUAGCUGGUAGGAGUAGUGCCGGCCAAGGAACUGCCACGGCAGUUUAGAGCUGGCGACUGAGCUGCUGUGGUGCAGUCAGGUCAUGAGCCCGACCAGGCACUGGGGAGAGUGGUUCCUGAAUCUGUGGGUGCCCCCCGCCGGGGUAUUUGGUGUGGCCUUCCUUGCCCGAGUGGCCCUGGUUUUCUAUGGGCUCUUCCAGGACCGGACCCUGCUCGUGAGGUAUACAGACAUCGACUACCAGGUCUUCACCGACGCCGCGCGUUUCGUCACGGAAGGGCGCUCCCCUUACCUGAGGGCGACGUACCGUUACACUCCGCUGCUGGGGUGGCUCCUCACGCCCAACAUCUAUGUCAAUGAGCUCUUUGGAAAGUUUCUCUUCGUCAGCUUCGACCUCCUCACCGCCUUCCUCUUAUACCGGCUACUGCUUCUUAGGGGGCUGGGUCGCCACCAGGCUUGCGGUUACUGUGUCUUUUGGCUUCUUAACCCCCUACCUAUGGCCGUGUCCAGCCGAGGCAAUGCGGACUCAAUCGUCUCCUCCCUGGUGCUUAUGACCCUGUACCUAAUAGAAAAAAGGCUCGUCGCGUGUGCCGCUGUAUUCUAUGGUUUCGCAGUGCAUUUGAAGAUGUAUCCGGCGACCUAUAUCCUUCCCAUAGCACUCCACUUGCUUCCGGAACGCGACAGUGACGAAGGCCUCCGUCAAUCCCGGUAUUCUUCCCAGGCUCGUCUGUAUGAAUUCCUGAAGAGGCUGUGUAAUCGGGCUGUGCUGCUCUUCGUAGCCGUUGCUGGACUCACGUUUUUUGCCCUGAGCUUCGGUUUUUACUACAAAUAUGGUUGGGAGUUUUUGGAGCACACCUACCUGUAUCACCUGACCAGGCGGGAUAUCCGUCACAACUUCUCUCCAUACUUCUACAUGCUGUAUUUGACCGCAGAGAGCAAGUGGAGUUUUUCCCUGGGAAUUGCCGCAUUCCUGCCACAAUUCAUCUUGCUUUCAGCAGUGUCUUUCGCUUAUUACAGAGACCUUGCCUUUUGUUGUUUUCUUCAUACGUCUAUUUUUGUGACAUUUAACAAAGUCUGCACCUCCCAGUACUUUCUUUGGUACCUCUGCCUCCUGCCCCUUGUGAUGCCACUAGUGAGAAUGCCUUGGAGAAGAGCUGUGGUUCUCCUGACGUUAUGGUUCAUAGGGCAGGCCUUAUGGCUGGCUCCUGCUUAUGUUCUUGAGUUUCAAGGAAAGAACACCUUUCUGUUUAUCUGGUUAGCUGGUUUGUUCUUCCUCCUUAUCAACUGUUCCAUCCUCAUUCAAAUCAUUUCCCAUUACAAGGAGGAACCCCUGACAGACAGAACCAAAUAUGACUGAUAGAUGCUCCAGUUCUUCUGCAACUUCCAUUCUGAUUGUUCUGAAUGGACCAAAGAGAGCUUUGGAAAGAAUUUUUUUGAACAUCCUAAGCACUCUAGUGAAACUUCAGUUUAGAGCAUAAGGCCCUAUUCCAACAAAUUUAAAUGAACGUUUGCCUUAUAAAGGGGACUCAGUAACUGAGGUCCACCCUUUAGGAAAUCUCAGGACUUAUUUAUCAGGGACAUGAUGGGAAGUAAAGGUUACUAGUUUGAAAACAGAAGGGCUGAUGAAAUUAUCAGAUGCUAAAAGGUUUUCGUAGAAAAUAGAGGAAACAUAAAGUCAAAAAACAUAGUCUAAGCCAGUAUUUGUCCCAGUAUUUAUACUGUGGUACUGUCUGAAGCUGUCUUAUCUUUUAACUCCCACUUUUUCGUUCUGAAGCUUUCUUGAUAACUGAAAACUCAUAAAAUGUUCCUAAAGUACAGCUUUUAGGUAUGAAGUGUUAAGUAAUGAUGCUGUGCUUAGGUUGGGAAAGUUAAUUCUGUAUUAAAAGUGGGGGCUUAGAAGAUAAAGAAUCCAAAGAAUUUAAAUUGUCAUGUUUCAUGUAUUUGUUUUAUAACUUAGUUUUUCAGUGCUUAGUCCCAGUGGUAAUAGACUGCUGUUUGGUUUUUUAUAAAAAGGAUUAAAUUUAAAUUCAUCCAUCUUUAAACUUUUCAGCAUAUUUUAAAAUAGCAUCUUGCUUUUAUAUGUUUGAGGUCACACACUGUAAGGACAUUUUAGAACUCUCUUUUACCCCUUUAAUUUGCUGAUUGCUAAAAAACAUAUUUCAUUUAGAGCUUAAGUUAAUCAAGUGUUAUCAGUGUUGUAAAAAUGAUUAGUAGGUUUUAGGUGGUAGAAUAUUAAAUUGUUAAUAAGGCAUUUCCCAGCUUACAAAUACCUUACUUGUGAAAAUUCCAUGAUAGGAAUGGAGGCCUGCAUGGGAGGCUCCUGGAAAGCAUAAGAAGCAUCCUAAUAGCCAUUAGUCUUUUUUAGACCAGGAAAUUGAGGGAGAGAUUGUGGAAAUGAGGCUUUGGUGGCCAGAUCCAUUUACCUUAUUACUAUAAUAUUUCUAGGAAAAAAUGCUUUGUGAGUUUCAAACAAGCAAGCUAAAAAAAAAUUAAAAAAAAAAUAGCCUAUCUAGGUGGCGACUCCCUAACGCUCUAAAAUGCAUUAGCAAUGAGUGAGUUUGAGUUUAUGAUUUUGAUAUUAAAAGAUGAGUAAUUUAACAACAUUGUUCUUUCACAGUUAAAAAGAAAAACAAAAACCUCCGGAGAAGUAGUAUAUUUCAUGUCAGUUCAGGCCUAAAAAGCCUCUGAGAAUAGGAUGUCUGUUGGCAGGUCAUAAUUAAGAAUGCUAUUACUGGCAGCACUUCUUAGAUCGAUACCUUUUGCGACCCACUAUUAGAAAGAAGGGAUGAAUGGGUGGCUUUGCAUGGGUUGCUGUUAGGGUGAAAAUAGCAGAGACAAUUAAUUGUUGAGGACGGUGACCUUUCUUAUAACAUCUUGUUUCAUAUCCCACAUUAGAUAUUAUCUUAAGGGCUCUUUGUAUAUGAUUGUUUAUUAGUGGCCUUCCAGCCAUGGCAUUCGUACCUUUUUUUUCCCUUCAUCCCUUUAUAAUGAUAAUUAAAAAAUUUUUUUUCUGGUAGAACUAGUGGGAAAAGGGAAACAGAAAGAGAAUUCCAACAUCUCAUUAUAAUUGUCUUUUUAGUAUCCCUGACUAAUUUUUUUUUUUAGAGGAAUUGCUAUCUAUCUAUUUAUUUAUUUAUUGCUAUUUAUUUAUUUAUUUAUUUAGGCUGUGUUGGAUCUUCAUUGCUGUGAGCGGACUUUCUCUAGUUGCGGCGAGCGGGCUUCUCAUUGCGGUGGCUUCUCUUGUUGCGGGGCACGGGCUCUAGGCCAGCAGGCUUCGUACUUGUGGCUCACGGGCUCUAGAGCGCAGGCUCAGUAGUUGAGGCGCACGGGCUUAGUUGCUCCGCGGCAUGUGGGAUCUUCACAGACUAGGGCUCGUACCUGUGUCCCCUGCAUUGGCAGGCGGAUUCUUAACCACUGCGCCACCAGGGAAGCCCCCUGAAUAAUUUUUUAGUAGUCACAAGUGUACUUACUUACUCAUUUCCUUAUUAUUAUUAUUUUUUACUUUAACAUUCUUUGUUGUGCUUUACUCUUCCUAUUUACAUUGAAAUUGCUGAAUAAUAUUCUAUCACAUGGAUGUUCACAUUGUAAAUGCAUCAUAAGACUUUAAACAUUUUGCAUGUUUUAGAUCACUCCCUUAACGUUCUUAGAAGUCAGUGGAGUUCUGUUGGGAUCUUUGGAGGGAACUGCAGAUCCUGCCUUACAAGAAAUUCUCUACCAAAGAACUGCAGGCGUUUCUUAAAAGAUGCAGAGAGUAUUUUAUAGCUUAUAUGCUGAGAGACAUUUAGUAAAUUAACUCAAGAAAUGAUUUCAUUUGGUCU